GAGUUUAACCGGCGGACAUUGUCUCUGUGGCUUCAACUUUUCCCGGAAACAAAGAAAGAACGAAAAAGAAAUAACUAAGAAAAUUCCAUCAUUUUCUUUUUCCUUCUUUCUAAAUUCCCGGAAAAGGAUAACCACCCAACCUCCCAUUUCAGCCCAAAUCCAAAUCAAUUUCUUCCGUGCAAGCAACUAAUUUCUCACACCCACUUACCUUAAUCUCUCCUCACUUUCCAAUAUUUCGGAUUCAGCUUCCCAAAAAUGGAUUUCUGGCCGGAAUUUCUCGCCAGCAGUUGGGGCAAAGAGUUCGUCGCCGGUGGAAUCGGCGGUGUCGCUGGCAUCGUCUCCGGUUACCCACUCGACACUCUUCGUAUCCGCCAACAGCACUCCACCUCCGGCUCCGCCAUCACCCUCCUCCGUAACAUCAUGUCCAACGGUGGCCCCGCCGCUCUCUACAGAGGAAUGGGAGCUCCUCUCGCUUCUGUCACUUUCCAGAACGCCAUUGUUUUUCAAACCAACGCCGUACUCUGCAGAGCCUUCGAUCCAUCGGCCACGGACAACCGUCCACCGUCGUACAAGGCGGUAGCAUUAGGCGGAUUCGGCACCGGAGCACUACAGAGCUUAAUUUUAACACCGGUUGAGCUGGUGAAAAUCCGUCUUCAAUUACAGGAUUUGGGUUCAUCAAAUAACAUAGAUCUGAAUUCAUCUCGACGCGGGCCGAUGCAGGUUGCGAAGAACAUUUUCAAAACCGAAGGCUACAAAGGUCUAUACAGAGGGUUAACAAUCACAAUGCUAAGAGACGCUCCAUCCCAUUGUUUUUACUUUUGGACAUACGAAUUCAUGAGAGAAAAGCUUCACCCCGGUUGCCGGAAAACAGGGCAAGAGACAUUGAGGACGAUGUUAGUUGCCGGAGGACUGGCCGGCGUUGCGAGUUGGGUUUGUUGUUACCCAUUAGAUGUGGUCAAAACUAGACUUCAAGCUCAAUCGAAAUUCAAGUUUCAAAAGUACAGUGGGAUUGUAGAUUGUUUCUAUAAGAGUGUGAAAGAAGAAGGGUAUCGUGUUUUAUGGCGUGGAUUAGGAACCGCAGUAGCUAGAGCUUUUGUGGUGAAUGGAGCUAUUUUUUCAGCUUAUGAACUUAGUUUGAGGUGUUUGAACAACAAUGGAGGAUUUCAUGCUGAAAAUACCAUUUGAGAUGAAAAGAGAAAUGGGGGUUUUGGAUUCCAUCUACUCAUUUACACUCAAAUGAGUGGAUGAAGAACUUGGUGAGAAAAUUAAAAUUGUUGGAAUUUUUUCUCGACCUUGUUGGAUUAUGUAUUCUGUAACUUGGUUGAUUUGAGUUGCAGAAGAAAAAAUGACGAUGACGAAAAAUGUUAGUGGGUUUAUGAACAACAUUACUGAAUCAAUGUAUAGGAUUUUAGUGUUUUGAGGUGGUGCAGGAAGAGAAAUAGUGAAAAUUGUCUCUGUUUGUUUGGUUUUUGUUGAAUAAGUAUGAAUUUGCGUACAAGACAUUACAAAAUUUGACUCUUGAAUAGAAGAGCUUUGCUUUCUUUUGUUUCGAACUAUGAAUACAUUUCAAUUGGUGAA